GUGUGCCUAGGGAGUUCAAUUAGCUAUAUAUUCAGUGCGUUAGUAACCCUACUGCGCGUGUGUAAUACGCGCCGGGGGUGGUUAGUCGAUGGUUCGGUCUACGGAACGUGAAAAAUUGCCAUUUCGAUCGCGAUCCGGUUGAUAUUGUUCGCGCGAUUCGUACAAAGUGGGGGGCGAGAUCGCGCGUCGUUCCGUUUUCCAUUGACAAUUUCACGGGCAAAGGCACACAGGAUAGACGGCAAGCACGGGCGAACCAAUUUGCGGGACUGCAGCGUACGAUACGCACGCGGUGUCUAAAAAUGGCGAAGGUGUUUCGCGCGGUGACAGUAUCGACUUUGUCAAACAAUGGACAGUCAACGGCGAAAUUUAACAAGCCGGUCACGCUCAAUAUCAAUUACGAUCCACAGGGCCUCAGCGUUGAGUUCCUCGCAGGUGAUUUAGUCGGUAGAGAUAAAACAACGUUAUUGGAAUUUCCGGUAACUCCCAGCACAGAAUGCUCCAGAGUUUCAUCCAGAAGCUACGUAUUCACACUUGAUACAGACAGUUUACUCAUAACAUUUGCUAAUGAAACAGAUUUUAGAAACUUUCAUUCGCAAAUAUUGAAGUUGAAAAAUGGCAAGGGUAUUUCCGCAUUUAAUGAGAGGACCGAGGAGUCGUCGGCUAUGCAAUAUUUUCAAUUUUAUGGUUACCUGUCUCAGCAACAAAACAUGAUGCAAGAUUACAUUAGAACUAGUACAUACCAGCGAGCAAUCUUAGGGAAUUUAUCUGACUUUAAGGACAAAGUUGUGCUAGAUGUAGGUGCAGGUUCCGGAAUAUUGUCAUUCUUUGCUGUCCAAGCUGGUGCAAAGAAAGUGUACGCGGUAGAAGCGAGUAAUAUGGCGAAUCACGCAGAACUGUUAGUCGCCGCGAAUAAUUUAUCGGAUAAGAUUAUUGUCAUAGCUGGUAAAAUAGAAGAAAUUGAUUUGCCAGAAAGAGUUGACUGCAUAGUGAGUGAACCUAUGGGUUAUAUGUUGUACAAUGAAAGAAUGCUUGAAACGUAUCUUCAUGCGAAAAAGUGGUUAGUCCCAGGUGGAAGAAUGUUCCCUUCCCGAGGUGAUUUGCACAUUGCACCUUUCUCCGACGAGAAUCUUUACAUGGAGCAAUUUAAUAAGGCUAACUUCUGGUACCAAACGUGUUUCCAUGGUGUAGAUCUCUCAGCGAUGCGAAAUAACGCGAUUAAAGAAUACUUUAGGCAGCCAAUAGUUGAUACCUUUGAUAUAAGAAUUUGUAUGGCUAAAUCUAUCAGACACAUUGUAGAUUUUCAAACUGCUAAUGAGACUGAUUUACACAAAAUAGAAAUCGAUGUCGAUUUUCACAUAUUGGAAAGCGGUACUUGUCAUGGCCUUGCAUUUUGGUUUGACGUUGCAUUUAUUGGGUCAACGCAACAGGUUUGGUUAAGUACAGCUCCCACAGAACCCCUAACUCAUUGGUAUCAAGUUCGUUGUCUUUUGGAGAAUCCAUUGUUUUGUAAAAGUGGUCAGUUGUUGUCCGGGAAAGUCAUUCUUAUUGCGAACAAAAGACAAUCGUACGACGUAACAAUAGAAUUAAAACUGGAAGGGACGAAUAUGGAGAGCAGUAGUAAUACAUUAGAUUUGAAAAAUCCAUACUUCAGAUACACAGGAGCAGCUGCACAACCUCCGCCCGGUUUAAAUAAUACUUCUCCCAGCGAGUCUUACUGGACGACCUUAGACGCACAAGGUGCCAGACAAGCAGUAAACAUGGUUAACGGAAUGUCUGUGAAUGGUUUAGGAGAAGUUUCAAUGGACGCGACUGCGGCGGUGAAUCCCAGUAAUUUACUUGCAAUAGGAGGUCAACCAAAUAUUCACCCUGGUUCGAUUUCGAGUACAGGGCGAGGAAGAGUAGGAGGUACCGCAACGAGUACGCAAGCAGCACAAUUAAUAGGUGGUGGAAUCACUCCAAAUAUGUUUACAUCCCCCGCUACGCUUGGUGUUAAUUUCCAGCAAUCGCUGGUCCUUGGCAAUACUUCGCAUUAUCCAGUGAAUCCCAGCUUGAUGAUCGGGGAUUAUGUGACACCUGGUAAUGGCAUAUCAUCUCAAACGUAUCGGCAAUGAUCAAUGGCGAAAUCAUUUUGCACUGAGUAUUCCCAUUCGGCGAAACAAUUGAGCGACCGCCAUAGCGCUAGCAGUAACGGAGACAUCAUCAACAACAACAAACAGAGCCGGAAACUGGUGUUCAGCUCUCCAGCAAGUAAAUUACGACUCUCGUCUGCUGUUCGUAUCUUAAACGCGGUUAAUCUGGCCAAUCUUAACACAAACAUUGGCCACGUUAAUGGCAGCGGCAACAACUUCGCUUACAUUAAUAAAGUUAUCAUUGGUUCUGGGUUUGGAUUCGGAUGGAGCGCUAGAAGAAAUAAGUCACAAUGGGAAGCACGUUGGAGGAGAGUGCGAACCGUCCUCUCGUAGUUGUCGUUAAUUUUCCAAUUUAGCCCUUAUUUAAUUGAGGUCCCACGAAGAGUCGAUCUUCUACGUCGAUGAAGUGCAUGCUUGCCAAAUGUACCCGAGAAAACAAUAUUUUUUAACGACAAUACACUUUACUAAAGCGUGAUGUUCCACGCGACAACUAUUUUCACGGGGUCCUGAUACAACAGAUCGUUUGUACGUCAAAAAUCAAAUUUAACGAGUGAGCAACCGGAGGUGAUCACAGUUGCAGUAUUUCCCCAAACACCUGAACACCCCCCCCCCCCGCGGGUUUUUCCUCCGAUGUACAUUUUUUCAGAAACGUUUCAGUAUCGGAUUAACCGUGCACCUAACGAUUGAAACUCUACGGUGUACACAGGCUUGAUUGAUUUUCGAUCUUAAGCGGAUUUUUUACCACAACGUUUAGG